UGAAGGCAGAACACUUCUAACACAAACCAAUUGCAGUGCAAAAACAUCUGUGAUGUCCUUUUACAUACACUAUUUCAAAUUAAUACCAUGCAAAUAAUUAGCUUCUUUUUUUUUUUUCAUUUGCAGGGAUUAAAUAACCAGUACCACAUUUUGUUCUUGUUUAGUAAGAAUGGUAGUCAGAGUUCUUUUCUCCCAAUUUUUAAAGGAUGUGAUCUUUAUGUGAAUUGUGAAGAGCCUAAAGGAAUCUCUUUCAGUUAAUUGUUUUCUUGAAUUGCAGGUCAACUUCCAGUGCAUUUUGCAAAAUUGGUUUUAUGUAGACUCUGCCAGUGUCAAAGACCAUUAAAAUACAGCAACUAGAAUUAGAAACUUGGCUUACAGAUUUGCUUUAGGAUGUUUUGGCUGUAUUCAUGACACAUUAUAAGGAAAAUUAAGAAAAUAUUUGUGGCUUAAGAAUAAAAUUUGCCAGCUAAGUUGAAGAAAGUAGUAUGAUAAUGUCUUGCAUUUUGGAAAGGGAGGGAACACUGCACUGUAACUAUUACUGUAUUGUGUUUUUCUCUGGAGCUCGUACGGACUUAGGAGAUGAUUUUCUAAUGUGAUGGGAGAACAUUAAAAGGUCCUUCUCACAUUGGAAAAAUAAUAGUACAACUAUUCUAGCGAAGUUUUGGCUUUUCACUACCUCAUUUUACAUUUUGAAGAAAGGGUUUCCUGCUGAACAAACACAUGUUAGUCUGAUAGCAUUUUCCUGUAUUUGAAUUGUGAACAGUCAAAUGACUCAAAAAAAUGUAUGUUGAAGUAGAUACAGGGUUUUAGCAUAGAAUAUGUGCAUACAAUAAAUCUAUUCAAGUAAUCAGUCUGCUUCCUUUCUCUCCCACCCCCUUACAGCUGGAAGUUCAUCAGCUUCUGCUACUAUAUCUAGCUUCCUCUUGAGACUUUCUGGUUUAGAGUUAACAGUGGUGGCAGGCAUUAGUGAACAAUGUCGUGAUUAUAUUCUGUGGGUCUGUAUAAGUUGUCAUUUUCCAUUGCUGCUGUUUCUAAUGGAAAAUAUGUCAUCUAUUUAGUAGGAGCAUAUUAUGUGUGCCGUGCAGAGUUGCAUUCUGCAGGGUUUAGUGAAAGCAUGUACAUCAUCAUUAAAUCAGUAUAAAAUAUUCCUAGAUUUCAUUAGUGACCAAUUUGGCAUUUAAAAUGGAAAAUUUGUGAUAUUUUUGUAAGUUCUUAGCUAUGAUAACACAGGACAGCUAGACUUUCAUUUUUAGUUCAUAAUUAAUUAUGCUUUGAGGUUCUUUAGUAUAUGUUAAGACAUUGCUUUGAGGUACAAAGAAUGUGGAAUAAUUCAAAAAAAGAAAAAUUAGAUUCUUCCCGUUGUCUUAUCAGUUGUGACCUUUAUAACAAAAUACUUUCAGUCAGAUCUACUGGAAUCUAAUAGCCUGAUUAAAAAUUGUUAUAACUUACUUUUGGUGACCUUUCUUCUUUAAAGGAUCACAAUGGAAGCUUUCAGAAACAGCUUCUAGAGAAGCUGGAUUUGGAGAUCCUGGUUAAACAUCUGCAGGGUCAGUUGAGUUUGGCACUUGGGUGUUCUGGUUGAGCUUCAAGUGCUUCAACGAAGUUUCAAGGUCCACUUUAAGACAUUUAGAAAAGGUAGAAUAGAUGCUAUGACUGAAGAAUGUAGUUUUUGUAUGAUUUUCAAGUGGACUGUAGACAGCUGCCUGUGCAGGUGUAUGUCAGAAUUAUGGGAGACAAAAGUAUAGGUUUAAUAGUGCCACUGCUUUUAUUACCAACCACUUCUUUCAGUGUUCAAGAAAUUGUGAAAACAAUAAAGGUGUUUUGUACUUGCUGCUGCAUUGUCCAUGUCUGUGAUACAUUGAAGAAUUUCUGAACUGCACUAAUAAGUUUUCCCACUGUUCAGUAUGUGAGCUGUGUUGGUGGAGCUGCAGACAUUGAUGCUACAGACUGCUUAACAGAAGUUACAGCUUGGUAUUUCUGGUUGCCCUAAGGCAAAUUUAGGAUAAUUGCAAGUAUGUUAAUAGGAGUCAGAUUUUUUCAGUCUUACACAAAGUUUGUCUUUGUAUAAUGAAAGCUUGUGCCAGGUAGAGCACUGCUCUGAAGGCACCACCUCUUUGGAAAGUUGUUUUGCAGAGGCUACAUCUGACCACACUGUCAAUGGAACUGGUAUCUGCAGGUGAAAAUAUCAGGAUUUACUGUAGAUUUUACCUGUUUAGGAAGUGAUAUCUUUUGUUGUUACCUUUUGUGCCAUUUUGAGGGGUAGCAGAACUAAAACAUAUAGUCCUACUUAAUUGUUUCCUAGUCAACAAAAGCGUUUCAUAUUUGAGCAUGACAGGAUGAAGUGGAAAUCUUAGAAAAAAUGUUUAUUAAUAGGAGCAGUGGGAGCUGGCGGACUUAAAAAUGAGAUUGAGGCUUGAAUCUCAGUUGCUUACAUUUUCAGGGAAAAUGCUGAAUCUCAGAUAUUGAGAGUAACAAAACUAAAUUGCUUCGAUCUUUGAAGUUAUAUGGAUAUGAUUUUUUUCUUGUUAGGUACUUAGCUGAGAAAAAUGACUAAGUUACUUGAAAAUAAAGUACAAAAGAUUAUGUGUUCAGAUUAUUUUUCACUGAUCUCUGGAAGGAAUGCAGUGAUUUUGCCAGUAAGGGGCAGAGAAAACAGCUUAGAAAGGGCAAUGUAAUAUUUCAGCAGAUUUAGUUGAAACAGUUGGGGAAAGUUUAAAUAGGAAGAAUGUAUUUAUUCAAAUGAGUUUUGAUCAGAAUGCCAGGAAGUCCGCCUGGAGUAUGAAAAAUCUUUCUUUUUGUAACAUUUAACUUAUGUCUGUACUUAGAAAUGUUUCAGCAGAUGUUGAAUGUGCUCUAUUUUGGAAGUAUGGUGAAGCAGACUUGGUAAGACUGCUGAUGGUCUUUUGCCAAGCAAAGAAUGAGAGACCAGGGGUUUGACCUUAUGGUAAGUGGAUCCAUCCAGCAGACUUGUUUUCAGUGGGCCAGAGAGAAAGCUCUUUUAUAUCUGAAUUAGUGACCUGUCAAGCUAAUUGUUUCAUGGUGUGAUGGCAACCAACAAUUCACUAGAGCUGUGUAUACUCUUUUCUGAGGAAUCUGAAAAUGCUUCACAGUCUUAAACGGAGCUUUGCUAUUCCUUCACCAACAAAUCUAUGAGUAAAUUCCUGACUCUCUGUGUGCCCUCUCAGACUUAAGGCAAUGUGACCAAUGGGCCUGUUGUUGUAAUAUUAAGAAACUGGAGCAAUUGAAGCCUUAGAUAGCCAAGCAGCAACAUGCAUUAUUAGCUGUAGGGCAUUUGUCUCCAAGUACUGCAGCUCAGUGGUUUCCAUAGCAGGUAUCACAGUUUCUUUUUUUGGAGGAGACUGCAGGAAUUUAAAAGGUUUACACAACGUCGGACAUAAUAUUGUGCACAGAGUUGUGCAUCCUGGAAUCUGUCUUAUUUGGGGUGAAUAUAAAUGCUGCUCAAGCAGUUACUUGAUAGAUGAGCAGUCCUGUAUGGCAUCCAUAGCUGUCUGUGGAGACAUUCCUCAGGGAAGGAAUAUUGCUUUCAAAUCCGGCCGUUGCUCCACCUCCUUCAGUGCACAACUCAUCUUGGAAAAAGAAUAAAUAGAAAGCUUCUGUAAUAAAUAUUGUUCUGAAAUCUAACUCCAGAACUGUGUCAGGCAGGGAUGGAGGAAGGGGAAAUAUCAACUUUGCCUUGCUUUUCCUGAAAUUUGGAUUGUGUGCUUUAGAAACAGCCGGCAAUCCUAAGUAACAGCUAAUGCUCCUCACUAAUGAGUGCAGUGCUGUGAGCAGAUCCCUCAUUGCCAAGAGUAGAUGUUACUGGAAAUUUGUGACAGAAAGCCUGUCUGAGCCCCAGCUGUUUUGCUGGGAACACAGUGGGUCUGAUGAGCUGUGCCUGAAUAUUGAGCAGGAUUUGGGGGUAUUGCUGGUGGCUGACCAGCUCCAGGACCCCCCUGCAGCUGCUCAGUGAUAUUCCUGUCAAUUUUCCGUGCUGCUUCUCCAAAUGGAUCUAACAGGAAUGUCUGCUACUGCUCUGGUGUGUUUGCUUUUCAAGUCUAUUUUCCAAGGUCUAUACUAGGAAAAAAUGUAGGUACCUGCCAGCCAACCACUUCCUCUUCCUAGUAACUCAGGGUGGCUGGGGAAACACAGCCCUUCUUGUAAGGGUAAAGCUGAAACACAUUGCUACAGUCUUAUUCUUUUUUCUUUCUCAUACUAUUUCAAAAGCUGAAGGAAUCAGUAUUUUUGCUUGCCUCUUCCUCACAGAUGUGAUUAAAUGAUCUCUGCUUUCAGGAGGAGUUGUUCCAUCCUUGGUCUGAGUUGCUUGGAUCCUGGAGCUGAAAGAAUUCUAGAUUGGCAGCAGGACAUGUGUGGUUAGUCCAGGUGUUCACGGGGACUGGGAGCCAUGUACCAAUGGGAGAUGAAGUGUUCCUGCUUUCCUUUUCAUCCACACAUACUCCUUGGGAUGGUUGGGAGGAAGAUUCCUGUCCUGAUUGACAAGGAAAAGAAGUUGUCAGAGGAGUAUUUGCUCUUCUCCUGUCAGUAGUUUAAUCUUUGCCUCACACUCUACAGAGCUGCUGGGAGUCAUCCCAAACACGUUGAAGUGACCACGGAACCAAAUCCUGAGCAGUGGCUGCAGUACUUCAGGCAGUCCAGCUUCCCAGUCUCUAUGGGCUCCUGCUUGUUCCACCCAUUUUCCAUCAGCAGUCUGAGCAGGUCACUCUCCCGUGCUGAUCAUCCAAAGAAUUGCUUAAAGUGUUUUCUAAUUCCUGUCAGUUUUGUCUGUAUGCUUGGCUCAAUCAGAAGUGAGCUGUGCUGUCGUAGAAGUUAGUCAUGGGACCAUCCAGUCCUUUUCCAUCCAAUUUUUUUGUACAAUUCUGUCUAGUAAUAUGCUACAGUUGUAUUGGGCAAAACCAUAAAUGCCCCAAGUUAAAAGAUACAUCCUGCUUCUAUUGUGUGGUUUGAAAGAUCUUACUUGUGGAAAGCUAUUGCUUCUACACAUUUUAAUUUCAGAAUUUUCUUUUUUUGCUGCAGGCAAGCAAAAUCCACUGCUCUUUUGCUGCCCUUUCUUUGCUCUGUAGUGAAUGAAGGGUUUCAGCUAAAGACAUGAUAUCUCUAAUGUGCCACUUAGCUAUGCUGUGCAUAGUUGGCAUGGUGAUCUGUUCCUUUCACCUCCUAGAUAGUGUUGAGGGGGAGUCCUGAUUUCCUUCCCAAGACUCCCACUUGAAAAGUGGUUGUUAUUCUGCAUUGCAAGUGGAUACAUAAUGUGCUAUCAGCUGUUAUCCGUGGUCUCCCCAUGUGUUAUUGCUGGAUCAUUCUCUUCCUCAGGGGGUGCUAAAUUUUUUUGACCUGAAUCUUGCCAUGAAAGUGUACAAAAGAAAUUCAGAAUUUGCAGACUUCCACUCUCUAAAGACUAAAUUUGUGUUAAUGCAUACUAUAAAUAUAAUGUACUCUAAGCAAAGGCUUUCAAAUGCAAACAUCAGAGAAAAUUUGUUUGAUUUCAGCUGUGGCACUACAUAAGUUCUCCAUUUGUUUCUCCAGUUUUGCACAUACAAGUGCUCCACAGAGAGAAAAUUAUUACUGAGCUUUCCCAAAAUUAUUUAUCUGUGAGAUUCUGCCUUGCAGCAUACAUAAUGAGGAGGGGAAAAAAAAAAUUCUGUUUGACAGUAUUUUGUUGGUCUCAUGCAGUGUAAAGAAAAGGCUUGAGGCCACUUCCUUUUGGAAGAGUGAUGUGUGUAUUUAUAAUGGUGGAACUACUACACACAGCUAAUUCUGAUCACCCUUCGUCAUUAUUUGCUGUGCAGAAAAGAAAAUAGAUGCAAUCAUUUUGUUAAAAAGCUGAAAGCAGAAUAAGAAAAGUUGAAGGCAGUAUAAAUGCCCCACUGUUUCUAAGGCAGCAGGACAGUACAAGACUGUGCAUUUUUACUGACAGUGCUUGGCACUGCACAGCAUUGCAUUUGUCCCACAUUAGUUCCAUGUUACUGUUUCCCAUGUUGGAAGAGGACUGUGAUGUUGAGAUGUGAUAGUGUUGACAGUGUGUAGCUGUAACGCUGAAAUCAGAACAGUGAUUCACCAGAAUUCCUGAAUAGUAAUUGGUAACUGAUGCUGUUGAAGGCACAUAUUAUGUUGGAUAGUAUUUCCUGUAUCUGUGCUAAUCUGUUCAUAGCCCUCUCUGAAACACACACCACUACAGUGUGGCCAACAUCUUCCUUUUUAAUUUCCACAUUAGCUGGCAUAAAAUUUUUCUGCACUUCUUAAAUAUGCAUGGAUGUGCAUAUUUUAACACUUUAUAUUAUUAAUGCAAGUAUUAAUGUAUUUGGGUAAGAGACUUAGAAUGCUGAGUUAAACUCAGCUUUCUUUUCAUAUUCAGUAAUUUGUAUUUACAUAUUUUAGAAAGAAAAGUUGACCUAGAAGCAUCUUCUGAUCUUGAAGCACGAGUAGAGUGACUUCAAAAGAAAAAUGCUUCUGAAAGGAAAUCCACGCUUAUCUAUUAUUAAUAUCAGGUUGAACUACUUUUAGUAUUUAGAGAAUACAGCCUGUAAGGGUGGGCUUUUGGGGCUGAGCUAAGCGGGUUUUAGGGCUGGCUGACCUCAAGAGGGUUGCUGUCCCCUGUACCUUUGUGCUGCCCGGGGUUUCUGCUGUGCCUGUUUCGUUGUCUUGGGCAAUUCUGUGGUCCCUUGGUGAAACCAUUUGUCCUCCUAAAUUGGGAAAAGAAAAAAAACAACUCAGGAAAACAGGGUCCAGACAUCGAAUGGCAAAGCAGUGCAGGAGCAUAGAGGAGCAGGGACCAACUCAUUACCUGUGAAAUCUUGCUCAGACCUGUUCUCUGUGGGUUUUUUCUUCUCUCCCCAGGUGAUGCUCCUUUAUGUGAUUGAAAGUGGUUCUUUUAUUUAGUUGCUGCAAAACACUUGGUUUCCUAAUGGAAAUACAUAAAAACAUUGAAAUAAGACACACUAUUGAGUUAAAGGAGUGCCUGAUGACCUCUCCAUGGAAGAAAGAGAAGAGCUUUUAAAUAUUCGUCGCAGGAAAAAAGAACUGAUUGAUGAUAUUGAGAGAUUAAAAUUUGAAAUUGCUGAGGUUAUGACUGAAAUUGAUAAUCUAACUAGUGUGGAAGAAAGCAAAACUACACAAAGAAAUAAGCAAAUAGCCAUGGGAAGGAAGAAAUUCAACAUGGACCCUAAGAAGGGAAUACAGUUCCUGAUAGAAAAUGACCUCCUGCACAACACUGCAGAAGACAUUGCACAGUUCCUUUAUAAAGGAGAAGGAUUAAAUAAAACGGUAAUUGGAGAUUACCUCGGUGAAAGAGAUGAAUUUAAUAUUAAAGUUCUUCAGGCUUUUGUUGAACUCCAUGAGUUCGCUGAUCUCAAUCUUGUACAAGCCUUAAGGCAGUUUCUGUGGAGCUUCAGACUCCCAGGAGAGGCUCAGAAAAUUGACCGUAUGAUGGAAGCUUUUGCUUCACGCUAUUGCCUUUGUAACCCAGGAGUCUUCCAGUCUACAGAUACAUGUUACGUGCUUUCAUUUGCCAUCAUUAUGUUGAAUACCAGCCUGCACAACCACAACGUGCGAGAUAAACCCACAGUGGAGAGAUUUAUCUCCAUGAAUCGAGGAAUUAAUGAAGGUGGAGACCUUCCAGAGGAAUUGCUAAGGAAUUUAUAUGAAAGUAUUAAGAAUGAGCCAUUUAAAAUUCCAGAGGAUGAUGGAAAUGAUCUAACGCAUACAUUUUUUAAUCCAGAUAGAGAAGGUUGGCUGCUGAAAUUAGGGGGAAGAGUAAAAACAUGGAAACGGAGAUGGUUUAUUCUGACUGAUAAUUGCCUGUAUUACUUUGAGUACACAACAGACAAAGAGCCCAGAGGAAUUAUUCCACUAGAAAAUCUUAGCAUAAGAGAAGUCGAAGACCCUAGAAAACCAAACUGCUUUGAGCUCUACAACCCCAGUCAUAAAGGUCAAGUAAUUAAAGCAUGUAAAACUGAAGCUGAUGGUAGAGUGGUGGAAGGCAACCAUGUAGUGUACAGAAUAUCUGCUCCCACUCCAGAAGAAAAGGAAGAGUGGAUUAAAUCUAUCAAAGCAAGUAUCAGCAGGGAUCCCUUCUAUGAUAUGCUGGCAACAAGGAAAAGAAGAAUUGCAAAUAAGAAAUAGAACAUGAUCAGCAACUUGUAGACCUGCAUCAACCUAUAACUGAGCAUACUGUGGAGUGAUAAAUUGGACAAACUAAAUGAAGACAACUGUAAAUUUUAUAUAUAUACAUAUAUAUAUAUAUAUAUAUAUACAUUUUACUAUGGCAUAAAAACUUGGCAAAACUUUUCAGGGUAAAUAGUUACUGGUGUAUCAUUUGAAGUAAGCUUCAAAUCCCAGAGAAUGAUUGAUUGAUUAUAUUGGAACUUAAUUCAGCUGAACACAUGGAAGCCUUGUUUUCAUUUACAUUAGUGACAACUCCAGUUUACUUGUGUUGGGAGGGAAGGAGCUCAGGGCUAACACUAAAAUGUCCUCUACCUGUUACCUGAGCACAUUUCCCAUAAAAGGAGUGAUUAUAAGACUUUGAGUUCUCACUAAAGUGCAACACCAACAGUGGAGCACAGCAUGGUCUGGCACUGCAUUUUCUUGUAAGCAGAAACCUCACAAUCCCAAAGUCACUUUUCAGUCAUGUGUGUUUCCCAGCGACAUCUGAGUGCAGCCUUCAUUCAGGAUUCCUCUCCUACCUUUAUGGAAAUAGCUUUUCUUCAGAAACACAGUGACUGGCAGCUCAAAGGUACCUCGUGGUGCAGGGGGUUUGUCAGUGUGCACUGAAUUAUGGGCAGGGCCCAGCAGCAGAGGUUUGAGACUGUGGCCAUGACAUGAAGUACCAGGUGUUGUCUGGUGUUUGCCAGUUGGCUAAAACUCAUUCCUGUCUGUCAUACACUCCCAACAAACACUAAGGUUUAAUGACUGGUUGAAUCUGCUUUUUAUAUAGCAAUGUCCUUCUUAUGUUUGAGAUGCUGUAGUUUGAUUAACACUAAGUUACUACUAAAGGAGAGAGAUGACAGGGCUUGUGUGAUUUUAGGCCUUGCAUAUGAAAACCCCCCAAAUAUUUUCACAUGUAUUGAAUAUUUUUAAAGGGAAAAGCCAAGGAGGUGAACUGUUUCUGUAAGAUGCAGCCCUAGAGUUUUAUCAAGCAAAGGAAUCAAUCCUGCUUGCGUAAAACUUUGGACAUACGGAGUUUGUGCAAGUUCAUACAAGUUCAGUGGUUUUAUUGCAUUCUUAAAGGCAGUUUUCAGAUUUGUGCUGCAGCAGUUGAAAUUGAAAAAAUAGACCUUUUUUCUAAAAAAAUAAAGUAUCGAUUACCUGGUGCAGCUAGACUUCCCCACAGGUAUGUGUCUGUUUUUGAAACCUGUGAAGAUCUUUCUGUGGUCCUACUGAUGGGUCUUUCAGGAACACAUCAGUGCUUUUCUGUUGAUAGCACACAUAUUGUUCUUAAGGUAAAGCCCCUAAUUCCAUAGUGGGGGCAAAAAGUGGGAGGUUUUGACUCUACUGCUUCUGUUACUACUCAGUUUUUCCCAAACUUGUUGAACCUGAGCCCUGCCUACUGUGCCAGUGAAUGUGUUGGAGACCCAAAAUGUUAAAGCAGCUUUGCUUGUUGGUUAUGGGAGCACCUCUGGGUCUGUUGUAGGGAGAUGUGCUGCACUGGCAAACCCACAUACUUACCAAGCUGAUGUGUUUGAAAUAUCCUUUGAACUGUAAGGGAGAGUUUGUUUCACUGUUCUGUCUUACUGAUUUGCCUUGUUUUGCAUGGGGUGUCAGCCUUGUGAGUGUUUUGCUUUAUUGCAUGUUUGCAAAAGAGGCUGAGAUGAAAAGAACAAAGUAAGCCUUCCUACGUUUUAGAUUUUCCCCAGGGUGUGUGGAAUUGCUUGGGUGAGUGUUUAUAUCUUAGUGCUUCCAAAGGAGUAAAACUCAGCCAGAGGAGGUAGAAUCCUUGAAUAAGUGUCAGUGUGGGGAUAUCUUUUCUUAAUGGAACACAUUUAAACUCUCUAUAGAAAUGAAUUAAGUUGUGUGUCCUGUGUUUGCAAAGCAGCACAAUGAUGGAGCUGCACUUACUUUGAGUCUUCUGUUCUGCAGUGACAUUUUGUUUUCAAGCACCUGCCUACGUCAGUCUUAGCUUUGGACAAGUAGAUUUGUAAUGCAAAUAAUGACAAGCCAAAUCAGUGGUACUAGUGAGCAUAAAGGUGAAAGGCAGCAAAUACAGUAUUUCUGGAGAAAUGUGAGAUUACAAAAGCAUUAAUAAGCCAUGAAGCACUUUUGUAUCAAUUCUUAUCUUCUGAAAUACCACCUUUGAGGAAAUCUAUUUAUUUUACCAGGUGAGGAUGUCUGCCUAUAGACAUGAAGGAAAGGCCUUCACAGUUAAUUUGCUGUAUUUAGUUUAAAGUUCUUAUAUCCAGCAGAAAUAAUUAUUUAGAGUAACAUGUAACUGAGGAUAUUAUAGCAGGAAAUAUAUUAUUUCUUAGCAUUGAAAUGCAACAUCUUAAACAGCUACUUGUGGUGCUCAGUGUAUCUAUCUAAUUUACCAAAGCUAAUGGAAUAGCAUUUUUGUGUGUAUUAAUAUUUGAUUUCAAAUGUUCUUUGUAACAGUAUUAACAGGGAGUGAAACUGGCCCAAAAUUUCCACUGGCCACGAGGCCAGUAAAACAAAGUGGCUUGUGAAAAUUUUGGCCAUAUCAGGUACUAUCCACGAGGGUGAAGAAAACUCUCUCAACCUUUCCCUUUUUUAUUGGGCUUCAAGUCCAGGGGUGGCUACUGAAAGUGGCUGCUCUGUGGCCUAAAGCAGGAUCUGUUACAGUUUGGCCAUGCUGAGGAAGAGUCCUCUGGGGACAGCAGGUUCUCCCUUCCUGUGGCACUGAAACUGGAGUAAUUCUUGAGCUCUUUGCUUUUGACCCUGCCCUCUACAACUGCAGGGGCAGUGAGAGCUGUGGUGCCAGUGCAGCUGGGAGGGAACUGUACAAAAAAACUUAAGCUCAGCUGGACUGACUUAAAUUUUACAAUAUUCUGACAAAAUAAGCUCUGCGUCACUUAGCAUUUUGAACCAUUUUAAACUGGUACAAAACUGAACCUUUAUAAAGUGAGCAGCAUUUAUAAUGCUUCAUAUAUAAAAGAAAACCUGCAUAUUUUUAAGAUUUAUUACAUAUCUAUGUAGAUAUGCUUGCUGGAAAAGCUAGGUCUGUUGUAGACCAGAUACUACAAAUUAAGACUUGUGGCUUACCAGUUUCAUUUCUAUAUUUUCUUGGAAAAUGUUUCUAGCUAGAGUUUAAAUAUAAAAUGUAAAUACUGUACAGGUAUGUAUUGAUGAGAGUAUUACUUGGUGUAUACAAGUGAUUUGCAUGACAAAUAUUCUGUAUCAAUCAUUGUUAUAACGGUGAUGUUCUUAUGUAAAGCCACUGCAAUAUUAAUGUUUUCAUUUAUCAUUAAGACAAUGUUGCUUAAAUCUGUCAGUUUUCUCAAAAAUAAAGUGUGAAACUCUACUGUCUCCUCCUUUACCAGGAAUACAUAGGAGGCAAUUGCUGACUCUUAA